GCCGCCGACAGCGCCGCAAUCGCCGUGGCGCUUCGACGGCUCGCCGAUGCCGCUGCCGCCGAUGCCGCUGCCGCCGGUGCCCCCGCACCGUCCCCGACCACGCCGGCGGCGGCCGCUGCGGGGCUUGGAGUGCGUGUUGCUGGGAGACGGCGCGGUGGGCAAGACCAGCCUGGCGCUUAGCUACAGCACCAACGGCUUCCCCGCGCGCUACGUGCCCACGGCCCUCGACCGCUUCUCGGCUGUGGUGCAGGUGGACGGCGCCCCCCUCCGUCUCCAGAUGUGCGACACGGCAGGGCAGGAUGAAUUUGAUGCCUUGAGGCAGGUCUGCUACCCAAAGGCCGACGUCUGCCUGCUCUGCUUCAGCGUGAUUGCCCCCACCUCCUUCCGGAACAUUGCAGAUAAGUGGUACCCGGAGGUGCGUCGCCACUGCCCUUCCACACCAGUGCUGCUGGUGGGAACACAGUCGGACCUGCGCCAGGAUGUCAAGGUGCUGAUCGCCCUCUCCCGGCGCCAGGAGAAGCCGGUGCCCCCUGCCGCAGCUCGCUCUCUGGCUGGGAAGCUGGGCCUGGCCGGUUAUGUGGAGUGCUCGGCCCUCACCCAGCAGAACCUGAAGGACCUCUUUGACACCGCCAUUGUGCUGGGGCUGCAGGCCAGCGAGGGCCCCACAGGGCGGAGGGCUCCCCGGAGCUGCAUCUGGGCCCUUUCCAAGGCCUGGUGGAGCAAGUACGUCUGUGUGCGGUAGCCCUAGGGACAGCAUCCUGGGUCCCCCGCCCCUAGGUUGGUGUGCCUUCCACAGGAGGGGCCUGGCGCUGAGAUGGAAUCCUCCACUGACUGGUGCAUCACUGCCUGGUAAGGGCCGAGCUCACAGGAGGGCCCGGUUGAGCCUGGGCCUGUGCCCCUCCUGCGCCAUCCUGCCUUUCCUCAGCCCUCCCUCUGUGGUGAAUGUCCCUUGAGCUCAAGUGGGGGGCUGCCUAUGCAGGGAGGACCCACCGGUGCUCUUCCUCUGCACUGGGGGAAGGGCAGAUCAAAGCUGUCCUCUCUGGGUGAGCGCAAAAAGGAAAAAAAGGCCCAGGGUGUUUAAGGGGCAGAACCAAAUGGAACAGCUACCACCAUCCCAUGUGAUGGUGCAAGGAUUUAACCACGGUUGAUUUUAUUAUAUUUUUAAACAGAAAUGUAUAAAUCUGGUAAUAUGAUUUUUAGAAGUCAAAUGACAUGCUUUAGAAAAUACAGUUAACAAAAUGCUUCAGAGAACAAU